UUUGUACAUUUUUCAAUUUAUCAGAGAACUUUCGAGAGUACCGAUGGAACAAGAGGAUAACAGACCCGAGUGGGGGAAAUCCGUUAGUAAGGUCUGCCUGUUGCCCCAACGUGUCGUGCUGUCGUUGAUGGGAUUCUUCAGCCUCAUCUGCACCUUCACGUGUCGCGUUUCCUUGUCCCAUGCCAUCACUAUAUUGGCGAUAUCCAAUCGCACCACGAAUUCUACCGAUGAUCUGCCAGAAGGCGUUUGCCCAAAGGAAGAGGUGACGGAAGGUGGUGCGGCGUAUAAGGGACUAUACGCGUGGGAUGAGACGCAGAAGGGCAUCAUCCUAGGAAGCUUCUACUUCGGCUACAUCAUCUCUCAUUUGCCAGGAGGCAUUUUGGCCGAUUUGUACAGUGCCAAAUGGGUGGUGGCCUUCUGCGUGGGGGUGACGGGCAUUUGUGAACUGCUCAGCCCCAUUGCCAUUAACUUGGGGGCGUAUUAUUUGAUUGCCCUUCGUGUGCUGAUGGGUAUUGCCCAAGGUCCAAUCUUUCCCGGACUGAACGGUCUUCUAUCCUCCUGGGUGCCGAAGAAGGAGCGGAGCACACUGGGAACCCUGUGCUUCAGCGGCAGUACGAUGGGCAUCAUAUUGAGCAAUGCCUGCUCUGGCCUCCUCCUGCAGUACUUUUACUGGUCUGUCAUGUUCUAUGUAUUCGGCGCAUUAUCUGUGAUUUGGUUUAUUGUGUUUGUUAUCAUCUGCACUAAUUCCCCGUACGCUCAUCCCUUCAUUAAGCCCACGGAGCGGCAGUAUCUGGCCGAAACAGUUGGAAACGUCAACAAGAACAAGCCUGCAAUACCCUGGAAGCCGUUGCUGAUCAGCGUCUCCAUGCUCAGCCUGAUCAUUAGUCAGAUGGGCCACGAUUGGGGAUACUACGUGAUGGUCACCAAUCUGCCCCUCUACAUGGCCGACGUAAUACAGUUUAGCAUACGCUCCAACGGCCUGGCCACCGCCCUUCCCUACGUCGCCAUGUGGAUAGCUUCCUUGGUCAGCGGCGUUGUUGCCGACUGGCUCAUUCGCACGGAAAAGAUGAAACUGGUCACCGAGCGGAAACUGUUCACACUUCUGUCCGCCUUCUUCCCCGGCCUCUUCAUGGUAGCUGCCUCAUAUGGGGGCUGCAACAAGGCGCUCGUGGUUGCCUUGUUCACAAUCUCCAUGCUGACCAUGGGCCUCUACUACGCUGGUCAGAAGCUGUCCGCCCUGGAUGUGAGCCCCAGCUAUUCCAGUACCAUAACGGCCAUCAUCAAUGGUCUCGGUUCGCUGACGGGACUCUUCGCCCCUCCCAUAAUCGGGCUCCUAACUCCAGAUAAAAACCUUGUUCAAUGGCGUAUAGUAUUUUGGGCCUCCUUCUUGAUACUGACUCUGUCGUCCAUCGCCUUCUGGUUUAUGGGUAGCGCCGACGUUCAGCCCUAUGAUCCCAUGUACAACAAAACAGAGAAGCCUGCAGAAAACAAGAAUAAAUAAUCAAAUCUCCCAAUAAGCAACACACAGCGAUGACCCAUAUAGAGGCACCUUCAAAAUCCUCAAUAUCUAUAUAAUUCUGUUUCAAUUAAUAAUGAUACAAAUUUUGAUUGACACAACGCCAACAAUCAAAGUCUACCAAGGUCCAUGGAGCUCAGUCUAUGGACGAUUAGACGAGUGAAGAUCCUAGCCUUGGAAUCAAAACCCUUUAAAAACUGUAGAUUUAAAACAAGCUAAAUUUAUUCUGCACGAAUAAAAAAAACCCAAGAAGGUGUAUAUUUUCUA